AAAAAACAGUCAGCUCUGAUUUCAGAUUGCCUUUAAUCAACUGCUGUUCAUAAAAUGUAGCUGAUUAAUAUAGACUACUUCUUAGGAUGAAAUAUCCAACCAACUAACUAACUAAAUAAAUAAAUAAAUAACAUGAUAAAAAUGGUUUGCUUUGACCUCACAGCCUGAAAGAGCCAGGUACUUAUCAAGUAUUGUACAGGCUCUUCUUCUCUCUCUUCAGAUGAAAAAAAAGAGGUUUUUCCAGUUCUAUAGUUUAGAGAUGUUUGAUAUUUUGUAAAUAAGAGUGUGCUAUGUAGCUAUGACAAUGAUGUACCUCAAUACAUGGCUCCCUGAUGUGUAAAUGUCUAUAAAUGCAACAUAGACUCCCAAAGUGAAGGUCAUCAGUGAAAGAAACACACAAUAGCCUUCAAGGCGAAGUAUCUAAGCCAAAAAAAAAGAAGAAGCCGGUUUACACACCGUGGUAGAUAUGGAGCUUUUCUGUAAGUCUUUUGUUCACUCUGAGCAACAUGCAUAGUCAUACUCAUGCUUGACUGGAGACAGCACCACCAGCAGCUCUUCUUCAGAGAGAAAGAGAAAGAGAGAGAGACUGACAGAAAGGGAGAGAGUCUAAUAGCGGUGUCCUUCCUAAUAUUUCCACUGAAGACGUGUUGGAGCAGUUAGAUGCUUCCUUUGCAUCUAAUAACGCCGCAGAUUGAUCUGUUCUCUCCGGGACUACCACACAAUUAGCAUUCCUGUUUCUCAGAGUCGAAGGAGUUUUUUUCAGAUCACAGCCCAAAUACUUUUUACCUCCCAGGCGGUUACCGGGGCAUCCGAACAGAAUUGUCCUGUGUAUUUGUGCAUUUUGUGUAAAGGAAUCCUUAUGGAUGUAAAAUCCGAAAGCUGGAGACGACAACCUAUGCCUCGGAGUCAAGCUGGACAGGACAGCAUGUCUCACAUAGCAUGGAGGAGAUCUGGAGAUGAAAGUUCCUGGGAUAGGCCUCCUCGUGCAGCUCGUCCGCACAGCUGUAUUGAAGGCAGACUGAAGGAUGAGUGGCUCCAAACAUUUAACACUCUACAGACUACUGACAUUCAUCAGCAGCUGCCUCCUUACCUCCAGAAGAAUGACACACCUCGGAGUGUAAGCCCCAGUUUGGUGGCACGCUCUCUGAGCAGUCUGGAGUCUCUAUAUUCUGGACUGGAGAGCAAAGAAAAGGUUCAAAUUAAGACAGGACCGAGUACUCAGAGAGCAAAGGUGUGCUGCCUCGCUCCAGUUCGGAUUGGAUGGCUGCCCUUACAGAGAUAUGUGGUGAGGAAGGAGAGGCCGAAUAAUGCAGAUCAACAGGAUGGCACCACCUGCAAGGUGAAGCUGAAGCCGCCUAUCACCCCUGUAUUAAGCUGCAGUUCUGUCAAAGCAAAUGGAUCAGAGCCAGCAGACGGGACUGCUGGACUUGGGGUCAGAGGAAUGUCUGGAGCAUUCUCUCUACAGGCUGAUGAUAAAAGAAAGGCCACUCUAGCAGAAAGAGAUCAGGACACAGCACUUUAUCGGGCCACCAGCGUGCAGAACACAUCCCGUGAGAGAUUUCUGUGGCAAACCCCAGUGCACAGGAGAGGGAGCGUUCCCCAGGCAUCUCUACUCACAGCACCCCCUGUAGGUGGAAGAACGACUCCCAAACACAGCAGCUCUAUAUCCUCUAUCACAAUCACCUCCAGGAAGGUCAUCCGUUCUGCAAGCCUGCCUGAUACUAGCAUAUCUGGCCAGGAUAGAGACAGGGAAGCCAGUCCUAUGGCCCUAAACAACCACAUCAUUGACCCAGAUUAUACGAACACUCUAUGCCCGGCAGAGGUCAUUCCACGGAGGAAAGCCCUUGUGGUCAAAAUUACUGAGCAACGAGUAGAGACCAGUAGAUUUCUGCAGCCAGGUGCUAAAAAUGGUCCAGUCUAUAGUUUCCCCUCAAGUAAGACUAUUGGAGAAAACUAUUUCUCAUGCCUCUCCACUAGAAGGAGCUCUGAUCUUGCAGCUUCUAAUCUCUCCAGCGUGAAGAACCACCCCUUACUAGCUUCCUUAAGUGUGACUGGUGGAGAUAUGUCAAAAAUGACCCAAAAAGUGGAAAGUCAAUCUCAAGUCCCCUCUUGCCUAGCCACCCAAGAAACCCAGACGCCAGUGGUGCUUCGGAGGAAAGCCACCAUUAUCAAGGUGCAGGAGCAUAGAGAUACCUUCAGCAAAAAGGAUGAGGACCAUAGAAGGAAAGUGGCCUACAGGCACAGCUUCAGUGGCCUCAACGUCACUGACAUGAAACCACAAUUAAACAAUGAAUGCAUGUUUUCUGGAUCUGAGAUGCAAGUUGUUAGUAGCAAGACCAAACUAUACAAAUCCACAAUGUCCCUCCAGCUGACAUCCUCCAGUGGACCUCGUCUGGAUGACUCACACACUUCAAGAGGUUCCCAGCCCCGGAGGCCUGCUAGUUGUUAUGCUAGUCUGUUUAGCCCUGUUGAGCCAAAUGCUGAUGGUUCACAAGAUGCUGCAGUUCACAGCACCAUUUCUGUGCUUCCCCACGAGACAAAUAUUGACCCUGCUUGCUCCGCUGCCAGCAGCUCAAACAGGUGUUGGAGCACUGAAGGAGGAGCAGGGAGCCAUGACAAGAUUUAUCCAAGUACAGAGAGCUCUGCUUCAGAUAAAGGGCAGAGCAAGAGAGAGUCUGCUCUCCCGAGGAACCAGCCUUUAACUCUCAUCAAAGUACCAGAAAGCUCAACCCAUGAGACCCACGAUGCUAUAGUGGCCUGGAAUGCAGCUGCCAUUAUAGCCAAUAUAAAGCUGCAGAGUGAGCAGAAGAAGAAAACCCAGACCAAUGGCAACACCAGUGGAGGGAGAGACUCCACAUCCCAGAGCAAAACUGCAGGGGCCAGAGCUGAUAAAGCAAAUAUUGCUGAGCAGAGUGGAACAGCUUCCUGUCCUGUGGAGAGUGAGACAGCAGCACAUAUGAAGCUGUUGACCAAACAUGCAGAGUUUGCUCCAGUUGUGACCGCUGAUGACUUAUUAUCACGUUCUCACACACACGGUGACGCUCUGGAGCAUCAGUGGUCAGAUUUCAUCAGGCAGUCUCAGGCACAAGAGAGACACCUGCUCAACACACACAAACACCAACACUAUCACCAACUAUCCGCUCAGGGACAGAGAGAAGGUUUUGGAUCUGGUUCUGAAUAGAGGGAAAGACUGAAACAGUGGGAGAGAGGUUAAUGAGCUCAUUUUGCUGCUGUGUGUCCGGUCUGUGCCAGCGCACUGAAGCUCCCCGAAGACUCUCCCUCAUCCUCACGCUGCAAGCACAACGACUCCAAUAACACAAUGCAUUUCACUAAUGAAAAUACUCUACAUUUAUCAAAUGACUUCUUUAUUAGUGAUUACUGAUUACCGAGAUUAACCUUGCUGAAUGUAAGAGCAGGAAAUUUACUAAAGUGUGCUACAUUGAGGACAUUUCAGACUAUAGCUGGACAUCACAGUUAAUGUGUGCCUUAAAGUAUUUUAAGUUAGUAGCAUCAAAUAAAAUAUUAAAUAUGACUCAUUUUCUAUCAGCUUUUUAAAAUCCUGUGAUAUAUAUACUGUAUAUCAGUUUACUUUUUAACUGUGGCUAUGAAACUUCUUCAUACAGCAAUAUCAUGAAGUCUCCCGUAACCUUUAAAGUGCAGGAUUUCUGAGUUUAAAAAGUGUUAAAUGAUCCUAGCAAAUUGCUGGUGUCAUUAUAUGAAAUACACACAGUGACAUUUAUCACUGCAAGCUUUUAUGUUUUUUUUUUUUUUUGCCAAAUUGGCUGUCCAUGGUGCAGUCAUGAUAUUAAAAUGAUUUAAUAUUUAAUUGCUCCUAAAUGUUAAAUGACCAAUUGACCUUAUCUGUGUAUAAUAUAGUGCAUGGACUGAAUGUGAUUAAAGCAAACGAAGAGUUUUGUAUUCUA